GUGUCCAUCAGUGCUACCCACCUGUGCCCAUCAGUGCCACCCAGCAGUGCCCAUCAGUGCCUACAGUGCCACCCACCAGUGCCCAUCAGUGCUGCCCAGCAGUGCCACCCAUCAAUGCCCAGCAGUGCUGCCAGUCAGUGCCACCCAUCAAUGCCCAGCAGUGCUGCCAGUCAGUGCCACCCAUUAAUGCCCCGCAGUGCUGCCAGUCAGUGCCACCCAUCAUUGUUGCAUAUCAGUGCUGUCUAUCAGUGCCCAUGCCCAUCAGUGCUGCCUAUCAGUGCAGCCUUAUCAACGCACAUCAGUGAAGGAGAAAAAUGACAUGUUUGCAAAAUUGUAUAAUAGAAACAAAGAAAAACUUUUUUUUUCAAAAUUUUUGCUCUUUUUUUUGUUUAUAG